AUGUGUGCUGUCAAGGAUUUCUCUAUUCACAUGGUCAACAGAGAUGUGGGAGAAGUAGUCAUCAACUCUGGAGGCUUCUGCAGAGAGCUCACCAGCAGCAGACAACUCUGCUGGGAUGCCAAAGAAUUGCUAUUCUCCAUGAAUUUCAGAUAUAUUACUGAUGUGCUAACAGGUGAAGAAGCUUAUGAACAGCAAAUGUUGAAGAGUGGAUAUCUGGCUUAUACAAGAUCCUGUGCCUGGUUGGACUACUCAGGCCAGCGCUUAAAACAGAUGCUGGAUGCAAACCAACAAUGGGAAAUAAAGAAAGAGUGGGUCACUAAACUAGCUGAGCUUAAAGCUUCUUGGAUUAAGGAGCCAGCUUUUCCAGAUGAGGAUAUGCAUUUCCAGAUGGGACAUACUUUGGGUCUUAACUUUUUAUUUUUUUCCUUACACCAUCACAACAGAGUGAUAUUUAAACAGCUUCAGCAAGCUAAGGCCUUGAGUUAUCUCCAAAUUGACAGCUGCAGGCUGGGAAGUGUGAAUGAAAACUUGUCUGUGCUGCUGAUGACUAAAAAUAUGAAUUGCGGUCUCUGUGAAUUGGUCCAGCACUUGGUAGUAUUUGAUUAUACCCCAGUAUCUGAAAGCCUUGAAAGCUGCAAGGACAAUUUUGCAGCGAAUCGUAACAAGUUGGAAAUAACGUGGGUUACAAAAGUUAGCCUAAGAGUGGAGAACAUAGAGGGAGUUGGUAUUUGA